ACGUGAGACAGGAUCACAGGACAUCGGCACGGCGCCUUAUCCUCUAGCACGCCCGCCUUCACCCUCCGUCACCACCGGCCGCACCGCACGCACACACAAGUCACACACCAUGGCCGCCGCUGCUCCCUGUUCACUGCUCCACCUGGCCACCUCAAUCUCCAUCUCCUCCCCGCGCCUCCAUCUCGGCCACGCCACCAGCCCGCUCCGCCGGAAGCAUUAUCAGGAGCAGCUGCGGGUCACGGCGGCGGCGCGGGCUUACAAGGUGACGAUCGAGCACGGGGAGGAGUCACGGGUGGUGGAGAUGGAAGGGGACGAGAACAUCCUGGAGCGGGCGCUGGAGGAAGGGCUGGACGUGCCGCACGACUGCAAGCUGGGCGUGUGCAUGACGUGCCCGGCCCGGCUGGUGUCCGGCAAGGUGGACCAGAGCGACGGCAUGCUCAGCGACGAUGUCGUGGCCCAGGGCUACGCGCUGCUCUGCGCCGCCUACCCGCGCUCCGACUGCACCAUCCGCGUCAUCCCCGAGGACGAGCUGCUCCAGGUCCAGCUCGCCACAGCCAACGACUGAAUCUUGUACAGUAUAUGUUCUCGCCUAGUCGCCUCGCGUCAGAUCCCAGACUUGUUGUACAAUGUCAUUGUGCAAUAUGCUCCUUUUGCCUGAUUAGUUGCUUCAAUUGGGUGGGAUAUGUGGCCCGAACAUUCUAGCUUGUUGGUUAUGUUUGGGUUUGUCGAUUUAACUGCGGCUCAAGUAUUAGAGAAACGAAACGAGAUGAAGCACGGCAUUGCAA